AUGAUUUGGAAGCUUUUGAUGGGAAUCAUUGUAGAGAAGUUAUACCGACAUCUGGAGAGGAAUGGACUAUUAGUAAAUGAUGAGCAGAAAGGCUGUAGAAAAGGAAGCCGAGGAACAAAGGAUCAAUUGCUUGUAGACAAAACAGUUGUGAAAAACUGCCGCAGAGAGCUGACAAAUUUAUCAAUGGCUUGGAUAGAUGAUAUGGUGCCCCCAUUCGUGGAUGCUGAAAUGCCUGGAGAUGGUUGGUGCAGCCAAAAAUAUGAUCUCUGUAAUCAGCAACAGCAUGGAGAACAGGCCCCAGUUGUUAAAAUAGUGAAUAGCGCUAUCCGCUGAAUAAAUCUCUGCCCAUCGAAAAACUCUACUGGUUUCCCUUAUAAUUACCCACCGGAUAGUGAUUUAUCCUGUGGAUAGGGCUAUCCACUUUUUGAACGACUGGAGCCUAAAAGACAAAGUUGACAUCAGGUGGAGUAGAGCUUCGGAUAGUUGAUAUCAGAAGAGGAAUAUUUCAAGGAGACUCCCUGUCACCCUUGCUGUUUAACGUAGUCAUGUUGCCCAUGACCCUCGUGGUGCGAAAGAAGCUGGAUACAGACUGGCAAAGGACAUGAGACCCAUCAAUCAUCUGUUGUUCAUGGAUGAUCUGGAGCUGUACGGAGCUAUCAAAGACCAACUUGACUCACUUAUUCAAGUGGUAAGGAUCUUCUCAGAAGAUAUCAAGAUGUCGUUUGGGCUAGAAAGUGCACUGUCUUGGAAAUUAGAAAAGGGGAGGGUUGACAGCAGUGGAAUAGACCUAACCGAAGACCAGCACAUCGGGGAAGUUGAGGAGGGGGCCUACAGAUAUCAUGGAAUUUUACAAUUGGACCAGACU